UGUCGCUAAUAAGUGAGACCGUCAAAAUUGACGUUUCAUCACCAACGGAAAUCCUUCACUUGUGAUUGUCAGAAGUAAACAUACAAACUAAUAAAUAUGGGAGUUACAAGAGAUGGAAAAGAUGUAUUCUUUUAUGGAUAUAUUGAAGAUGAGCUAGAGGAAUUGCAGCAUGAUAUAAAAGAGGAAGUAAGAUCAGAAUCUAAGAAAAGACGUGUAAAUAGAAAUCGCAUAUUUGCAAAUACAUAUGAUAACAACAUCAACUAUGUAUGCAGGAAGAAGACAGGAGCCAAACAGGCUAGGAGAGUUGAAAACAUGAAGUACCUGCUUAAUUUGAAUGAAAAGGAUGAUGGCACUUCAAUUGAUAUUGAAACUGAUUUGUUUGAACCAUCAGUUUCUCACUUUGCAGAAUUGUUCAUGGAGCAAGAGAAGAUGCAGAUUUGGAAUGAUUUCAUCAACUCAUCAGAAGAUGAACAGCAGCAGUUUUUGACAAGAGCGGAAAUAAAAGAUUCGAGGAAGAAACAUGACGAAGGGGACAACACUGACAGCAGUGAUCUUGAUGAAACAUGGGAAAAGGUGGACAUGAGAUCAUCUCAUCCAAGCUUUAGUGCCAAAGAAUGCUUUCAGAAAAUUGAUAAGAAUAUCAAAUCAUUCUUGAAGAGAAGACAUGUUCCAAUGGGUGUAUUAGAGAGCUUGGAAAGAGAUCUGUUAUCCUUCUUCACAGAGUGGCCUUCAUCAGUCUAUCUAUCAGACUAUAAAAGCAGUUUUGAGAGAAUGAUGUUACAUGCAUUGUGUCAGUACCUGGAUCUCAUGUCAUCAAGUUAUGAUGAUAAUGGGAAUCGUCGAACACAGGUAGAAAACAAACAUCAGCAUUUCUUACCACCAUCACCACUGCUUACCCAGUACCUUCUACAGCAGCGGACAUAAUAUAGUAUCAUCUCGUUUCUUUUGUUCUCAAUGUUAUGGAUUUUUAUGUCUGAUGUUCUAACAUGCAUGUAUUUUAAUGAUAAGAUAAGUUUAUGUACCAGUAAUAAUCCAUCAAGGGUUUAUAUAAUGGCUGACUUAUAUUUACCAAAAGGUCAAUGUAUGAUUAACAGAUUUUUAUCCUGUUGCAUGUGUUUUUAAUGAUUUUAAUUUUACUUACUAAGUAGGUACAACAUUUAUAUAUGUUAUUAUUUUCACUCAUACGGAGCAUUAUCUGUUAUUGGUUGGUGUCUGUACACUUGUUUUAAGUAUCAACCCCUUUGAAACUAUUUUUACUGAUACAAGAUUAUUUCCUUGUCAGCAUUAUUAAUUCACAUGUGUCCAUGUCUCACAAUUUUCCAUAUGCAGAUUAUUUAAGGGACGAAAAGGAAAUGAUGCCCAAAAUAGUUCCUUUCUUAUCAAGUUGAAAUGUGAAAUGGUUUUUUUUAAUAUAUUUUUUUCAAGGGGGGGAGGUGUCAGCUAUUAUUUAUUUGAUUAUAUUUUAUUUUUUUGAUUCAUAUUUGAAAGAAGCUGUUCAAACAAAUUGGUGUGAGCAGCAUAUGUCUAUGUUUUUGGUUUGUUUCACUCUUACCGAAUAUUUCACCUAAUGGUAUUUUUUACACAUUCAACUGAUACCUAACAAGGGUAAAUAUUUAAGGAAAAUGUCUCUUAUUGAUCCUGAUAUCCUAAACCUUUAUUGGCAGUUACUGAUAUACUUUUCAGUGUGUAACAUCUGGCUCAAAAAUUGAAGAACUAUAUUUGUGGUAUUUGUGUUAUUUGUCUUUCCUUGAGUGAUUGAGGUAUUGGAAUUAUUCUCUCAACUGCAGAUUGUUACUAGCACUUGCAAAUAUUUGACUUGCCUAUAUAAAUAUUGGAAACAUGAAUACAUUUAUGUUUUAGAUUACUAAUUGAAACCUCUUCAUAAAGGGAUAAAUUCUUCUUUCUCUUCAAGCUACUGAUAUGUAUUGUGUACAUAGGAAUUUUUGUAAUAUUGUUGACCAAAACAUGACAAUGUUGUCAAUUUUUUUCAAUAUUUGGAUUUGAUAGGUAGUACAUGUAAAUGGUGUACAAUAAAAUGUACUAUUACCAGCUUAGAAAUACAUGCUUUAUCUUAUAUUUUAUGAAUGUCUUGUUGUUAACGGUAUUGUGUACUAAAUAAAGUUAUUAACAUAUUUA